AUGCUAAAUCUUCCUAAUUUAGUCCUUUCGGAUGAGAUCCUUCUAGAAGCUAUUCCCGGUCAGCUACGUAGUGCUGACAGUUUUAUCGCCUUCCUCCGUCGUCUCCUCGAAUAUGUAAAGCUUCGGCUGCGAAUUGCUCACGUCGUCCAUGAGACGCCCAUUGCCUUCCUCCAGGAUUGCCUCUCCAAGGUCUGCAUUGAUCGCAGGCCUCUUAGGUAG